UCCGGGUUUCCCGGUCGCUGUCACGUGACUCCGCGCUCGCCCACUUCCGGUGUACGGCGGCCGGUGAGGUGAUUACCUGGAACUUGCGGUGCGCGAGGGGGGUCCAGGCUGUGAGUAUCGGCUAUGUCCAGCCGGAUGAGCAGGUCAGACUACCCAACCCCAGCAGCAGAAAUGGCCGAGAUGAAUCGCAUGCAAUAUGAGAUUGAAUACACUGAAGGAAUCAGUCAGAGGAUGAGGGUCCCCGAAAUGCUCAAAGUAGCUUCGAGCACCUCGGAAACUGGCUCCAGGGUUCACCCAGACAUAUCUGUACAUGGACACGUUAUGCAAGUUCCAGAGAGGAUUGUGGUGACCGGUCAAAAUGAAGACUCAUCGUUUUCCAGGCCUUCAGACUUGGAUCUUAUCCAGACUACUCCUUUCGAGCUUUUGGCCCUAAAGACACCUCCACGAGUCCUGACUCUCAGUGAGAGGCCUUUGGACUUCCUGGACCUAGAAAGACCCACCCCAGCCACUCCACAACAAGAAGAGCUACGCAGUAUUGGGCGGUUGAAGAGAGAGAGAUCCGCAAGUGAGAACAUGGCACGUCAGAAUGGGCAGCUGGUCAGACAUGACUCAAUCCCGACUCCACCUGUCCCCGCAGGCCGUCAGUGCCCUGCUCCUGUGCUCCCCGCAGAUGGAGCAGACCUUUACUCUGCCCGUGGCAUUCUGUCGCUCAUCCAAACCUCCACCCGCAGGGCUUAUCAGCAGGUCCUCGAUGUGCUGGAUGAAAACCGCAGGCCGAUCUUGCGUGGAGGGUCCGCAGCCUCUGUCUCUGCUGCCCACCUCGAAAAUGCCAGGGCUGCUGUAUCAUCGUUGGAUUCCACUAUGGAAGCAAUGCCAGAUGACAUGAAUUCAGUGGAUGCCACGUCAUUAAGGAGGCAGAUAAUCAAACUCAACAGGCGCCUUCUGCUUCUGGAAGAAGAGAACAAAGAGCGAGUGAAACGCGAGAUGAUAAUGUACUCCAUCACCGUGGCCUUCUGGCUCCUCAACAGCUGGUUUUGGUUUAGACGCUAAACACUUCCUGUUUCCUUUUACUUGGGAUUGUACAGUGGGAUGCACACGGACCAAGUAUACCUUAUUACACCUCCAUCUUGGAGUGACGGGGGGUGGACAUUUUGGGUACAGCACAGAACAUCAUCCAGCUUCAAAACAAAAGGGGAACAGUAAGCAGAUGCUGAUUCCCAGCGACAGCAUUCCUUCAUUACUUAUUCAUGGCCUUGUGGGUGUGCCUUACAUGCAUGGCAUGCCCUUCUGGCUUUGAAAGGCUUUGAUACACUGUUUUGUUCUAUUCUUCAAGCUCAGUAAAAACCUUCCAUUAGAACUCUGUUUAUAUUUCAGUAUAGCGGUGAAACUUUGUUCUUCUUGUCUAGAAGUCUUGUAGAGGGAGGGUAUCUGCUCUGUUUGGUCCAGCACGUAAAAGGGGGUGAAAGUAAGGGUGCCAAGCAUAGCGAAAGAGAUAAAAUACACAAAUUAGAAACUGCUGCAUUAAAUAGUGUACAGUUCUUUAAGAUUGAAAUAAAUAAACUUGUUUACAUGUAGUAAGUAAGAAAUAACUAGUUAUUAGAAUAUACAAAUAUAAAUGGCUGAUGAUUUGACCAGUGCGGUAUGUCCCAUCUAGUAAAGUAAGUAGUUGGCAUCUAUUGGAUUGAUUUAAUUGUUUUUACAAUAUCAACUAGAUUCUUUACGGCAAACCUUGGCACUGCAGAUCUUUCAGAACUACAGUUCCCAUUGAGCCUUAGCCAUUCCUAAGGGGAAAUGUAAUUCCACAAUGGUGCAUAAGGUAGCCAUCACUGACCUAGGUAGUAUACAUUUAUUUUCCCUUUAUUUUUACAUGUUUGACUUUUUGGGGGAGUGGGGGCUACAUUUAGGGAAAUUAAAUCACAGUUCUUCUCCAAAAGCCCUAUAGUUGUGCAUUAAAUAUAUAUCUACUGUAACACUCCCUCUUCAAUAUCCAUCUUGCAAGCUCUUAAAAAUGUAAAUAGAGGAUAUGAUCAUACCACCUCACUGGUCUUUCUGUGUCAGGUAUGCAGCAGGGAUUGCAUAGGACUUCAAGUGAGUAAAAUGUAUUUUAACAAAUACAUGUAGAGCCUAUUAAAAGGAUGUGUGCAAAAUAUGAAUAUAAAAUUAAAACCUUUUUGUGUUUGAUUUACUAGUAUAGGAAUGUAGGACUGCUAUGGAUCUUAGAUUUGGGUUUGUAUGGGAACCUUGUAUUGAAUAUUUAUUAAAUUUGUUAAAAUCAACCGAUUUUAGUUCUCCGAUGACUUUUAGUGGCUUUAUAUCGAUUAUUCCAUUGGUCAUUUCUUAUUUCACUAGGAAGAACAAUAAUUGCCAACACAACUUACACUCCUUAUACCGGAGUCUGGGUUGCAAUUAAUUUCAAGAAAUGUGUGUUUUUUUUAUUUUAAUUUUUUGGUUUUUUGUUAUAUUCAUUUUAUAACUUAUCAUCUUUUUUUUUUGGACUGUGUGCUUUUGUUUUUCACCUCUGUGACUUGCCUUUUUUCUUGUUUAAUGUUUUGGUUGUGAACAAUCAAAAUUAAAAUACAUGUAGUUAUGAGUAAGGGAAAUAAAAGCACCAAAGUGUUA